AUGCUGCUUUCCAUCAUCACCACCAGUCCUCUAGCCCAUGCUCAACUCCCCUUUCUCGGUCCCAUUCUUGGUCCCAUUUUUGGUCCCAUUCCCAUUGUUGGUCCCAUUCUUGGUCCCAUUGUUGGCCAACCCAUUAGACCACCGGUUGGUCAAGUACCACCGAUUGUACCACCAGUUGCCCAAGUACCACCGGUUGGUCAAAUACCACCCAUUGUUGGACAAGUACACCCAUUGUUGGACAACCAGCUAAUACCACCCAUUGUUGGUCAAGUACCAUCUAUUGUGCCACCCGUUGGUCAAGUACCAUCUAUUGUGCCACCCGUUGGUCAAGUUCCAUCCGUUGUUGGCCAACCAGCUAAUAUAACUAUACGGGGUGUUGUGUCUUGCUCCACAUCGGGAAAUGCCCCAGGCCCCGGAAUUAGUGGAGUAAAUGUCGCCAUUAUUUGUGGCAACACAACCCUUGCUCAAGUGAUCACAAAUGUUGAAGGUUUAAUAAAUGUUACAUUGAGCACCAAUACAAAUAUUUUGUUUGGAAAUACUUCAAAUCUUUCAUGUGUUGCAAGGGUUGCUCUCCCAAUUGUUAAUUGUGCUUUGUUGCCCACCACAGGAAUUCUUCAAGCUCCCCUCAUGCUUGUUGGAAACAUCAUUCAGGGUGUGGGUGGUGUAGUUUUAUCAGCACUUGUGGGGACAUUUAGUUUAGUAACAGUUAUGAUAUAG